GCCCAGCCGGCAGACGCUACGUCACUUCCUGGAGUUAUUUCCAUUUGUUUGUGACAAACGCCAGCAGGUAUCUCGUAACCCGUUUACACCAACGACACCGGUUCAUUUCACUGCGUGUCCGAGUGAGGUCCUCUGCCACCAUGCGGGACAUCUCGUAGCUAAAGGACGCGGGGGCGUUAGCAGAAGGCAGCGAAACGUGCGUCCGCGACCAGAAGUACUGGCUCCGCUAACGCUAGCUUAGCUAGUUUGUGUUAAUUGGCGACCCAUUGUCAGCUGCCUGGCCCCCGCGGUGUCGGACCCCGUCCGCCGCCUCCCGUGAACCGAUGGAGUGCCCCCACCUGAGCUCGAGCGUGAGCGGCGCCGUCGACUCCCUCGGGUUCCCCCACGGAUCUCCGUCCUCCUGGUGUUGCAGCGUUUGCAGGUCGAAUAAGAGUCCGUGGGUUUGCCUCACCUGCACGACGGUCCACUGUGGAAGAUAUGUCAAUGGACAUGCAAAGAAGCACUUUGAAGAGAGUCAAGUCCUUGGCAACAGUCAAAGGAAGAGCGAGAAACAGGAGAAGGAGAAAUCCCAUCACUCUCUCUGCAUGGACUGCAGCAACUUCAGUGUGUUUUGUUACAGAUGUGAUGAAUUUGUUGUCAAUGACACCAAACUUGGGCAGGUUCAGAAGGUGAGGGAGCAUCUUCAGAGUUUAGAAAACUCGGCACUGAUGGGUGACAGGCAGAGGAAAAGAAAACUUCAGGAAAGUCCAACUGUAGACAGCAAACUGUUAAAAGAUAAUGAUGGGGCAGCUUUAGGUGCUACAGGCCUGCGGAACUUGGGCAACACAUGCUUCAUGAACGCCAUUCUGCAGUCCCUCAGCAACAUUGAGCAGUUCAGCUGUUUCUUCAAGGAAUUGCCUGCAGUAGCUCUACGCAGCGGUAAGACAGCAGGAAGAAGGAUGUACCACACCCGCAGCCAAGGGGACAACACUGUGUCUUUAGUGGAGGAGUUCAGGAAAACACUUUGCUCCCUGUGGCAAGGCAGCCAGACCGCCUUCAGUCCAGACUCCUUAUUUUAUGCCAUAUGGAAAAUCAUGCCGAGUUUCAGGGGCUAUCAGCAGCAGGACGCCCAUGAGUUUAUGCGUUACCUGCUUGACCACCUCCACAGAGAGCUCCAGUACAGUCGCAACGGAGCAUUGCUCCCGCCCUCGCCUCAGGAUGGGGUCAGACUCUCCGCAGCAGAGGACAAAUGCUGCAUAAAUGGGACUGCCAGCGUUGUCACAUCAAUUUUUGGUGGACUACUUCAGAAUGAAGUCAACUGCCUGAUAUGUGGGACAGAGUCUCGGAAGUUUGAUCCAUUUCUUGAUCUGUCUUUAGACAUUCCCAACCAGUUCAGACAAAAGAGAAGUAAGGACCAGGAGCCCGGGCCAAUAUGCACAUUACGUGAUUGCUUGCGUAGCUUCACUGACCUGGAAGAACUUGAUGAAACAGAACUGUACUAUUGCCAUAAGUGUAAAAAGCGACAGAAAUCCACUAAGAAGUUCUGGAUUCAAAAGCUGCCAAAGGUUUUGUGUCUGCACCUGAAAAGGUUCCACUGGACGGCCUUCUUGAGAAACAAGGUCGAUACCUAUGUGGAGUUUCCACUGACGGGCCUGGACAUGAGGGGUUACCUACUUGAGCCAGAGAACUCUUCACCGGGGAGUUGCCUGUACGACCUUGUGGCUGUCGUCGUGCAUCAUGGUUCUGGGGUCGGAUCAGGUCAUUACACAGCAUAUGGCAGCCACAAGGACCGCUGGUACCACUUCAACGACAGCACAGUGACUCUGACCAAUGAGGAGGCGGUGAGGAAGGCCAAGGCCUACAUCCUCUUCUACGUGGCCUCAGACAAGAACACCACCAACAGCACGGCCACAGACAAACCUGCUGCGGACAACACAGCCCCAGACAGCGUUUCCUCAGAGGCAGUUGCUCAGGACGAGGUCGUGGCAGACACAGUCGCUGCAGACAAAGACAUGGCUGCACUGGAUGAAGCUGACACAGUCUCUGUGGGGGCCGUGACAGAGAGCGAAGCCUGUGACGAGGAGGAUGGCCCAGCAAUACACGUGGUUGCACAAUGAUUCUGUUAGAUUCCUCUGCCUUAGAUCAGCUCCUCACUCCGUUUUGACUUCACCUCAGCCACAUCUCCCACAGUGCUUGAUUAUAAUAGUUCAUUUCUGUAUGUUUAAUGUAUGUGCAACAAUCUUUCUUCUUUCAUGACCUGCAUGACAGCAUCAUGUAUAAUUUGCUGCUUGAUUUUUGUUUAAAAUGACUUUUUUUAUUUUCCUUGAUGUUGUAUUCCUCAACUGAGGCAGACUUACUCCAUAUGUAAUAGAUUACAAAGUUGAUCGUUGAUGUGAUGAAGUAUAAAGCUUUAGCCUUGGAAAACCUCAGUUGGUCCAAUGUUUAUCCUAGACUGAUGAGAUUUAUUGUGUUGAGACACUGUCAUUGUGAAAAUAUUUGGAGUGUCUAUUGUUUUUAAAGUUUCUAACUUUACAUGUUCCACCUCUGAAGAACCUCACAACUUUUUAUUUUUUAUUUUUUUUUAGACAGAAGAGGUUUUUUAAAUUUAAAAAUCGAAUACUUUUAUUGAAUGACAAGCGUUCAUUAGGUUUCUAGACUUUUUUUAACCCCUUGACAAGAACCAGAUGUGAAAGAAAUGAUCAUUGUCAAAUUGUUAUGUUUGUAUUGAUGCUGGAGUAUCUUUUAAAUACACAGGCCUCAGUGAAAUUCACAACAUGUAACGGGCCAAGUGAACAUGACAAAAUACAAAAGAGAAUCUUAUUUUCAAA